CAGGCUGCAGAAAGCCCCGCGGCUCGGCCAGGACUGUCAGGUUACGUUCCAUCUCCUGGGCCCUCCCCCUCCUCCCCCUCCGAGAACUGUCAUAGCUGGAGCCACCCGCGCCUGUGGGGAGACUCGCAUCUUGUCGUGUUGCGACCACAAGCCCACAUCUUUUGGGGGCCUUCUGGUCUCAAGCAUGCGACCAAUACGCAAGGUGAUCUGUGUUUUGCUUGGCGGCCUUUCUUCGGUGGUGCUGAUGAAUUCCGAAAGGAGUCCUUUGAUGGGAGCGGGGACAGCAUCCCUGGGGGGGCGGCUUGGGUCCUGCACGGCACCAGCGAUGAGACCCUACAGGGAAAACGAACUGAAGGAUGCCGCCCAGGGGAAGCACCCGCUGAGACCCCACCACGCGGGCCCUCCCGCCCGGGUCUGGCAGCCUCACAAGGUGAGGACAGAGCAUGCCCGGCUCCACCACGCGCUCGCCACGGUGACCAGAGAACGCGACUUGGCCGUGAGGGAGAAGCACCAGCUCCAAGCCAAGCUGGAGAACCUAGAACAGGUCCUGAAGCACAUGCGAGAGGCCGCGGAGCGCCGGCAGCAGCUGGAGCUGGAGCAUGAGCAAGCCCUGGCCGCCCUGCACGCCAAACAGCAGGAGAUCGACCUGCUGCAGAAGGCUCAGGUUGAAGCUAAGAAGGAGCAUGAAGGCGCCGUGCAGCUGCUAGAGAACACCCUGGACGGCAUGCAGAGCAAGGUUCGGGAGCUGGAGGAGAAAUGCCGGACGCAGAGUGAGCAGUUCAGCCUGCUGUCGCAGGACCUGCAGAGGCUCCGGCAGCACGCCGGGAAGAUCGACCUGCUGGGGGGCGGCCCUGGCGUCUCCGGGGACGUCCCCGCGUCCGGCAAGCCUUUCCCGCCAUUCAUGAACGGACUUACCCCCUCCAUCGGCAGAGGUCAGGAGAGCACGGUCGGAAGCCGAGCUGUGACUGGGGACUACAUCCGGCCCCUCCCGCUCCCGGGUGACAAGCGAGAGUCUCUGCCCGUCAAGCCCACCUUUCUGUCCAGAUCCGCCAGCCCAAGAUGCAGAUUUGAAUCAGAGAUGGACAGCGACCGGAGCUCCGGGGCCUCCAAGCAGCAGAGACACUCGGGGAAGGUGCACCUGUGUGUCGCCCGCUACAGUUACAACCCCUUCGACGGGCCCAACGAGAACCCGGAGGCGGAGCUGCCCCUCACGGCGGGGAAGUACCUGUACGUGUACGGGGACAUGGAUGAGGACGGCUUCUACGAAGGUGAACUCCUGGACGGGCAGCGGGGUUUGGUGCCCUCCAACUUUGUGGAUUUUGUCCAGGACAACGAGUCCCGGCUGGCGGGUCCUCUGGGGAGCGAACAGGACCAGAAUCUCAUCAACCAGUCCGGCGUCGGCCUGGAGGGGGAGAACAUUCUGGACCUCCACGCCCCCACUCACGCAGACGCCAGCAUUACGGACGACGGUGCAGAGACGCUGGGCGUGGACAUCGACGAAAUUGGAGAAGACAUCGUGCCUUACCCUCGAAAAAUCACCCUCAUCAAACAACUCGCCAGAAGUGUCAUUGUGGCCUGGGAGCCGCCGGCAGUGCCCCCGGGCUGGGGGACGGUGAGCAGCUACAACGUGCUGGUGGACCAGGAGCCUCGCGUGAGCCUCACGCUGGGGGGCAGAACCAAGGCCCUCAUCGAGAAGCUGGACACGGCGGCCUGCACCUACCGCAUCUCCGUGCAGUGCGCCACCAGCCGGGGCACCUCGGACGAGCUGCGCUGCACGCUGCUGGUGGGCAAGGACGUGGCAGUGGCCCCGUCCCAGCUGCGGGUGGACAACGUCACCCAGAUCUCCGCCCAGCUCUCCUGGCUGCCCACCAACAGCAACUACAGCCACGUCAUCUUCCUCAACGAGGAGGAGCUGGACGUCGUCAGGGCCGCCAGGUACAAGUACCAGUUCCUGAACCUCAGGCCCAACAUGGCCUACAAGGUGAAGGUCCUGGCCAGGCCGCACCAGAUGCCGUGGCAGCUGCCCCUGGAGCAGCGGGAGAAGAAGGAGGCCUUCGUGGAGUUCUCCACCUUGCCCGCAGGCCCUCCGGCGCCCCCCCAAGAUGUCACCGUCCACGCUGGGGCCACCCCAGCCACCGUCCAGGUCUCCUGGAAGCCGCCCGCCCUGACGACUGCUGGGCUGUCCAACGGGGCGAACGUGACCGGCUACGGCGUGUACGCAAAAGGGCAGAGGGUGGCUGAGGUCAUCUCCCCCGUGGCGGACAGCAUGGCCGUGGAGCUCAUGCGGCUGCGGAGCCUGGAAGCCAAGGGCGUGACCGUGCGGACCCUCUCUGCACAGGGCGAGUCCGUGGACUCUGCCUUUGCUGCCAUUCCCCCCGACCUCCUGGUGCCUCCGACCCCCCACCCGAGAACUGUCCCCACACCGAAGCCAUUAGCAAGUGCCGGAGCCCCCGAUACCAAAGACGAGCACCCGGGCCCCCAUGUCACGGCGGGCGAGGCCUGGGAGCAGACUCGGGCCCCAGCCCCUGUCCACGGGCACAUGCUGGAGCCGCCCGGCAUGCAGGGCCCGGGCCCGGGGCGGCGGUCACCCUCGCCCAGCCGGAUCCUGCCGCAGCCGCAGGGCACCCCGGUCUCCACCUCCGUCGCCAAGGCCAUGGCCCGGGAAGCCGCACAGAGGGUGGCCGAGAGCAGCCGGUUAGAGAAAAGGAGCAUCUUCCUGGAGAGGGCUGGCAGUCUGUACCCGAAUUCAGACGAGGAGGAUGGCUACGACUCGCCGGACAUCAAGAGGAGGGGCGCCUCGGUGGAUGACUUUCUGAGGGGCUCAGAGCUUGGCAAGCAGCCACACUGCUGCCAUGGAGAUGACUACCACACGGAGAGCAGCCGGGGCUCCGACCUGUCUGACAUCAUGGAGGAGGACGAGGAGGAGCUCUGCUCCGAGAUGCAGCUGGAGGACGGCGGCCGGAGGCGGCCCAGCGGCACGUCCCACAACGCCCUCAAGGAGUGCUUUCAGAGUAGCGACACUGAAGGGGCCUUCCCGGAGCGCCCUGAGCACCCCCAGCAGGCACACCCCAGGAAGGGGCUGUGCAGUAUCCCCGAGGCAGCCGAGGAGGCAGAGCCGCGGUGGCUCCUGCACAGACAGGGCUUAGGGUACUCGGCCAGGGCCCGCGCCCGCGCCCGGGAUGAGACCCCCCAGGCGUCCUGGCUCCCGGCCAGACCCAGGGGCCCCGGGGUCGGCCCCCACGCCGAGGGCUUGGUUCCGGAAGACGGAGGCUGCCGGCUCAGCCGCUCGGCCACCAGGAGCCCGGACAGUGGCCUGGACUGUGGCAGCGAGGAGGAGGAGCUGCGCUUCGGCUUCCGGAACACGGCCAAGUGCGGCCUGGGCCCCGGGCCCUGUCCCUGUCGGAGAAGCCUGAGGCCUCUGCUGGCCCGGCGGCGGACGCUGACCCGGCAGGACAGCAUCGAGGACGACUCUGGGGAGCCAGCGGACCCCGGUGACGUCCUCAGGAGCGAUGACGCCCCGCCGAGCCCAGAGAGAGCCACCCCCAGGAAGGAUGGCUGGGAGGAGCCGCUGGCUCAGCAAGGCUGGCGGGAUGUCUGGAGGAGAAGCGUAAACGUGCCCGACAGUAGGGCCGCUGGCCGCCAGGCGCAGACGCGGCCCAGGCCCGCAGCCGGCCCUGCGAUUUUAGGGAACCCGGCGUUGGCAGGACGGGCCGACAGGGCGGAGCACGCGGGCUGGAGGUUCCCCCACGGCGGCGCUGGCCCCCAGAGGUCCCGGCCAGUGACGGCCCCGGCCAUCGAUGAGUACGGCGAGCGGGACCGCCUUUCUCCAGACUUCUACGAAGAGUCGGAAACAGACCCUGGCACAGAAGAGCUCCCAGCCCGAGUCUUUGUGGCUCUUUUUGACUAUGACCCCCUCACCAUGUCCCCAAAUCCGGAUGCUGCGGAGGAGGAGCUUCCUUUUAAAGAAGGACAGAUCAUCAAGGUGUACGGGGACAAAGACGCGGACGGCUUCUACCGGGGGGAGACCUGCGCCCGGCUCGGCCUCAUCCCCUGUAACAUGGUCUCGGAGAUCCAGGCCGACGACGAGGAGAUGGUGGACCAGCUUCUGAGGCAGGGGUUCCUUCCUCUGAGCACGCCUGUGGAGAGAAUCGAGAGAAGCCGGAGGGGCGGCCGGCACCCGGGGGCGACCCGGAGGGUGGUGGCCCUGUAUGACUACGACCCUCGGGAGAGCUCCCCGAACAUCGAUGUGGAGGCAGAGCUUACGUUUUGCACCGGAGACAUUAUUACCGUUUUCGGUGAAAUCGAUGAAGAUGGCUUUUAUUAUGGGGAGCUGAAUGGGCAGAAAGGCCUGGUCCCUUCGAACUUCCUGGAGGAGGUGCCCGACGACGUGGAGGUCUACCUGUCCGACGUGCCCUGCCACUACGCCCAGGACGCACCGCCACGCUCCAAGGCCAAACGGGUUCCUCCCGAGGGUUCAGGUACAGCAAGGAGCGCGCCAUGCCCCCCAGCCCAUCUCCAUUCGGGGUCACCUCCGUCAUCUGUGGGUACUGGUAGUCCUGGGAGAGGCAGGGAAAUGUCCUCGAGAAAGAAAAAGGGGCUGCUUUCCAAAGGCAAGAAACUGCUGAAAAAGCUGGGUGCGGUGAAGUGACCUGUGCUUCCGGACGCCCCGCCUCCGGAAUUCUCUUUGGUCCCAAACUAGGGCUCUCACGACUCCAGCACCUUCCUAGACGAACCCUCCCCUCCCCCGGCACCGGCACGCCAGUGCUCUCUGCGCGUGCGCUCUCGGGGCCGCAAGGACAGAGAGCGGCUGGUGCCCCCCACCCCCAGCCUCCUGCCCGCUCUGGCCCGGGGGGCUGCCUGGAGGCGGGGGCUCCCAGGGCUCCCUCCCAGUCUCCGUGCGCUUGUCCUCCGCCCCUGACCCCCUGUCCGAAUGCUCGCCUCUGACCGUCACUCACUCCCACUGUGGUCUUGAAACGCCCACUCCAGCCGCCUUGAUGUUCUGCCUUAUGGACGCACACUGGUCUGUACUGUCUAAUAAAGCCGCAGUGUCCACUC